AUGGCCGCCUUGGCCACCCCACCACCAGCUCCACCACCACCACCAUAUGACUCCCCGCCACUCUUCUUCGAGUCAGCAACGGUCGUGAGCGGUGAGCCUGGCGAGGAGCCAUACGUCGCAGAUGUGCUUGUGAGGGACGGUGUCAUUGUCCGGAUUGCACGCGAGGCCGACUGGCAAGGUACCACCACCCAGCCACCACCGCCAGCGGACGCACGCGUCGUCGAUGCGCGAGGCCACUUUCUUUGUCCCGGGUUCAUCGACAUGCACGCCCACUCGGACCUGUACCUCCUCACGAGCCCAGACCAUGCGCCCAAGAUAACCCAGGGAGUCACGACCGAGGUCGUGGGCCAGGACGGUAUCGCGUACGCUCCUGUCCGGACACGAACGCAAAUGGACGCCAUUCGCGCUCAGAUUGCCGGGUGGAACGGCAACCCGUCAGACGAAGAGUGCAGCCGGCCGCCGUUGAAGGACAUGGGCAUGUUUGAAUGGCGCAGCGUGCGCGAGUACCUCGACACGCUGGAACGGUGCCGACCAGCCACCAAUGUGGCCUACCUCGUUCCCCAGGGAAACCUGCGGCUGCUGGCUUGUGGGCCGUACGACGGCGUGGCGACGCCAGAAGAGGUCAAUGACCAGGUCGCGCUCCUGCGCAAUGCCAUGGCCGAGGGAGCGGUAGGCAUGUCCAGUGGCCUGACGUACACCCCGGGCAUGUACGCCACCACCUCUGAACUGGCCGUACUGUGCACUGCGCUCGCAAGAGAGUUUCCAGGCAGCUACUAUGCACCCCACCACAGGAGCUAUGGCCACAAGGCUCUCGAGUCGUAUGCUGAAAUGCUCCAUCUCGCCGCCACGACAGGUUGCAGCGUCCACCUCACACAUGCGACCAUGAACUUUGCCGAGAACAAGGGCAGAGCACCCGAGUUGCUCGCCAUGGUGGACACGGCCCGCGAGGCAGGGUCCCACAUCACGCUCGAUACGUACCCGUACUUGCCCGGCUGCACCACGCUGUCGGCCCUGCUGCCAAGCUGGGCAUCGGCGGGCGGCCCAGUCGAGACGCUCGCUCGACUGCGCGACGAGGCAACGCGCGAAAAGAUACGCAUCGCCGUAGAGGUCACGGGGUGCGAUGGCGGGCACGGUAUCCCGACCAACUGGGACGAAAUUGAGAUUGGGUCCACGCGGCAUCCCGACCUCUGUGGCAUGUCUGGCCGGCGAGUGGCAGACGUGGCCAGGACCACCGCCCGGCUGCCCAUUGAAGUCUUCUUUGACGUCCUCGUCAAGGACGAGCUGAGUACGGCUUGCCUCAUGCAUAUAGGCAACGAGGAGAACGUCCGCGCCAUCAUGCUCCACUCGACACACAUGGGCGGGUCGGACGGCAUCUUGCACGGCGACACGCUCCACCCGCGCGCCUGGGGCACGUUCCCCAGGUUCAUCGGCUACUAUGCGCGCGACAUGGGCAUGACUACCGUCCCCGAGAUGGUCGAGCACCUCACGUCGCGCGCGGCAAAGCGGCUAGGCAUCUACCCGCACCGCGGGGUGGUGGCUGUCGGGUCUGCGGCGGACCUGGUGCUCUUCAACCCGGUCACGGUGCGCGACACGAGCACUCAUGCCGAGCCCAAAAGGGCGGCUGAUGGGGUGCGGUUCGUGCUUGUCAACGGGCAUGUGGCGCUCGAUGAGGGCAAAAUGACGGGGGCGAGGGCUGGGCGGACCUUGAGGCGACGAGCGGACGGCAAGGUGACUGCUGGGGGAGCGUAG